GCGGUCACACACACUGCCUUUAAAGGCUUUUCACGUUGAGUAGAAAGUGGAUAGCUGCUUCUCUUUUCAUUAUUUCAAUCAGCCGCCGACUCCGUGGGUUGCGCUUCUGCAAACUGAUGCUUUUGUGCUGUUCCGCGUGCCCCCGGGUGGUUUCCGAAGCAGCUCCGCGUUGCUCUGCAGAGCACGCAGAGACAGCAGCGAGAAGGCUGUCAGAAUGAAGGACCAGAACUGCGCCGAGGAGAUAACGCAAAUUCUCCAGGAUGCACCCUCCGCAAGGCAGGCGCUACUGGACAACUUCAGUAACCUAAACAACGUGGCCGAAUACUGCGAGAAGAAUUACCUUCAGCUAGAGGACUCCAGCAUGGCUCUGGAGGAGACGAAGGCCUUCACCACGCAGUCCCUCGCCAGCGUGGCGUAUCAGAUCAGCAGCCUGGCCAGCAACGUGCUGAAGCUGCUCGACGCCCAGACCGCCCAGCUGCGCCACAUGGAGUCGUCCGUCAACCUCAUCGCCCAGACGGUGGACAUGCACCGUGAGAAAGUAGCACGCAGAGAGAUCGGCGUCUUCACCACGGUGAAGCGGGUCCCACGCAGCCACAAGAUCAUCCCGCCGGCAGCCACCCCCGACCCCAAACCCAAAUACUCCCGCACCCCCAUCACCUACUCCUCCCUGGAUGGCCUGGGGCACGGCAUGAAGGAGUCCGGGAAGGAGCAGGGAAGACAAGGAACGAUGUCUCAAAAGAAGAGGGAUGCAGGCGGCACACUGGGGCGCAGUGCUCGCUCAGUAGAGCCCGUUGCCUGCCCCACGGCCCCCACCCUGUCUCGGGGCGUGUCCAGCUCCUCCCUCAGUGAUCGCUCCCUGGGGUCCAGUUUUGGGAAAGCAGUAGCAGCACCGGUGGCUCCGCCUGUGGUGCCGAACUGGACCGGGCCGGACGUGGCCCCGCCCCCGACGGACGACACCCCCCCUCCCCCCCCACCCCCCCCACCCCCGCCGGCCCCGAUGGACACCAACGUGCCCCCCCCUCCCCCACCCCCGCCCCCCGCACCGGCAUCCCUGGACAUCCCCCCUCCCCCCCCUCCACCCCCCCUUGCAGCCAGCACCCCGAGCCUGUCUGUCCCCCCCCCUCCACCCGCACCCCCCCUGGAAACUGUGGCUGAGGAGAACGGGCCCCCCCCUCCUGUAUCAGAACAAGCUCCCCCCCCCCCGCCGGUGGGCGAUGCCUUUGAUCUUCCGGCCCCGCCCCCUCUACCUGGCGAUAUGUCCAGCUCGACGCUUCGCUCCAAACGCUCUCGGGGGCCGCGCCACCCCCCCCCCUCGCGCUCGGGGUCCCUCAGGGUCCGCCUGGGGCCCUCCACCCGCUCUCUGCACACUCUGUCCCUCUGCCUGCCCCCCUCCCACUCGCUCAUGAUUCCCCCGCCCCCUCCAUACCCGCCUCCUCUAGCCCCAUUGGCUACGCUGAGCGGUCUGUCCCGCCUCCCUGCACACCUGCAGCACCUGGACCUGGAGUUCCAGGCCCCGCCCCCUCCGCCUGAUAUGAUGGGGGGCUUUGACGACUUCCUGGCCCCCCUGCCUCCCCCUGUGGACUACGAUUCCAACGCCCCCCCCAACUAUGAAGAGAAAGUGGUGGCGCUGUACAGCUACAACACUGGCAACCCCGGGGACCUGUCCUUCGAGAAAGGCGACAUCAUGUACGUGACGAAGAGGAACGCGGACGGCUGGUGUGAGGGGGUGCUGGGGGGGGUGGAGGGCUACUUCCCCGGGAACUACGUGGAGUCUGCCUAACUGCCUCUCCCCUCCCCUCCUCUCCACACCCCAACACCCCCACACCCCCACACCCCCAACACGGGUAUUGUACAGGCGGUCAGAAAAAUCAGACAUAGGCCAAAAAAAAUAAAUAAAUAAAAAAUAAAAAUAAAAAAAACACCACCUAGACCUGCAGUGUAAAUGUGGCCUUAGUUUCCCCACCAGAUCAGUCCCUUUGACUGCUUCUGUCUGACGUACAGCCUCUGAUCUGUCCCUUUGACUGCUUCUGUGUGACGUACAGCCUCUGAUGGCCUCUGAGGGCCUAACAGCAGAGCAACAUCAAAGGGUUAACUCUUCCACAAGGGGUUAAAUAGCCAUGAAACAGGAAAUUGUGAGUUACAGAACUGUAACAUUCACACUCACUCACACUCACACACUCGCACACACAUACAUAUAUACACACACAUACACACUUACAGAACUGUAACAUACUUUGAAAAUGGCAUUCACUGUAAACGUGUCUUACCUGUAAUGUGUCUUUCAAUAACAUUAGGGAUACCAGCUAGUGGUCUGGGAUUUUUUUGAUUUGAUAAAUCACCAGUUGUUCACCUUGCAGUUAAACGUGAACCUAAGUAAGUUUUCUUCCCUAAAAUGUUUUCAUCAUGUCUCUCAAGUUACCGUCUCGGGUGCCAGGAGCAGCACAGAGCAGAAGUGUACCACGGCUCAGACAGCAGGCCAAUGUUUCACACGCUACAGGACAUACGUUACAUUAGUGGCAUUUGGCAGACGCUCUUAUCCAGAGCGACGUACAGUUGAUUAGACUAAGCAGGAGACAAUCCUCCCCUGGAGCAACGCUGGGUUAAGGGCCUUGCUCAAGGGCCCAACGGCUGUGCGGAUCUUAUUGUGGCUACACCGGGGAUCGAACCACCGACCUUGUGUGUCCCAGUCAUGUACCUUAACCACUAAGCUACAGGCAGCAUUGACACAGCCAAUCAGAGAAGACAUUUCUGGUGAGAGCUGGUAGCCAAUAGGAGUUUGUGUUGUUGCAAUUUUAUUAGGAAUCUGCAACUAUAGGGCCAGGAUUAAAAUGUAACAUUUAUACUGACUGUGCCAUUUGGAAGCCACAAGUAUUCUUAGAGAUAUAGAGAAAUUUCAGGAAAAAGAGCGAUAGGUCAUAUACUUUCUGUUUUUUUAAUCUAAAUUUUUAUAUUUUCGUAAUUUUACAUACUUGUGGCUAAACUAAUAUGUGCGUGAAUUGAAAUAAGGUACACUGAGACAAAGUAAUAUAUGGAAUUAUAGAAAUAAAUAACGGGAAUUCAGAUGAUAAAUAUUUAUAUACAUACAGGAAAUAUAUGUUUAGUAAAAUGUGAAUUUAUAGUAAGGAUGUAACAUUUUCUACUAUUGUGUGUAAGCUUUUAUGCAAGGGUGAUUUAAUUGAAGCUUUUCAGUAUUAAAUAUGACACUUAUAAAAA